ACGCUGCACUAUGGCCAGCUUGUAAUUGCAAAACCACUUCUCUAACUAGCCUUAGCUGUGCUUCAACGGCUUCCUUUUCUUUGUGGAUUGACUGUAGCAGAAGAUGGUGCCCUUGUUGGUUGUUGUGCUUCUGCUGUCCUUCAGCAGCUUUUCCCUAAGUGAUGAUUGUAACACAGAGUUUCUGUUCAACGUGGAUUUUCCUGGAUCAGAUCUAACGUUCCUCUAUUCUCCGUCCGUGGAUCACUGUCAGCAGCUGUGCACUCAGCACCCCGAGUGCCUCUUUUUCACCUUUAUUCGACCUGACUGGACCACAGACGAUCGACACUUCCACUGCUUCCUCAAAUCUACUACAUCUGGGCAGCCAACAUCACAGACUCAACUCUUGGGAGUCACAUCUGGGUUUUCACUCAAACCGUGCAGUCCAGACCCACUACCUUGCUUUUCUCAGGAUUUUGAGAACGUGGACUUCUUCGGCGCCGACUACAGAACCUUGUUCACGGCUGACUAUAAUGAGUGUCAGAGAGCCUGCACUCAGGACCCUGGCUGUCAGUUCUUUACAUUUGUAAACAAAGAUUUCUCACAAGCAAAUAUCAGGUUCAAAUGUCACCUGAAAUUCAGCUGGCCUGUACCGGCUCCCCCUAACGUAGAAAGAAAAACUGGACUCAUAUCUGGAUUCUCUCAGAACAUUCAGUUCCCUCAACAGAUUGCUCCAGCAUGUGAAGGCAAGCUUUUCCAAAGCACCAACAUCCCAGGAAGUGAUCUCCUGUCUCUGCAGGCUGCAUCUUCUGAACAUUGUCAGGUCCUGUGCUCUGCUCAUCCUCGCUGCUCCUACUUCUCUUUUGUCAGAAAUGACUUCACCUGUUUUUUGAAGGACAACCUAAAUGGUUUGACCUUCGAAGAAAAAGAAGGAGUCACGUCGGGGUUUCCAGCACGUUUCUGUCAGCUCAGUAAUGACUGGAUCAAGCGGACACAUGAAGGAGCUGAUUUUAGAGGUUCUGACAUUCGUAAUGAGCAGCUGGACAACGCAGGGGCGUGUCAAGCCAAAUGCACCGAGGAUCUAAGCUGCCAGUUCUACACCUACCUUACUGACAACUUCUCUGAUGCAGCUUUUCGGAGGCGCUGCUUUCUUAAGCGUGUCAUCACCAUGCCUGCUCCUCCUAAGGUUAACAAGUUGGACAAUGUUGUCUCUGGGUUUUCAUUGAGGAACUGCGUCAAUGCAGUGCAAUAGGAAAACAUUUGUUAUGUUUUGUUACUUUGUGAGUGUGAACAUGAAUAAAAGUGUUUGCAUGCA